UUGAACCCCACAAGGCCACAAGUUGACAAAUAGAGAAGCAGAAGAGAGAAGCAAAGUAGCGCCUUUCUUGCUAAAACCCCAUACCUGACUACCAAGUCUCAACCAUUUCUUUGUUCACUCCUCUCCAUAAUUCCUCUACUGGGUACCUGAAAUCAAGAAUAAAGAAUGACAGUUGCGAAAACUGGUUGUUCGUUUUCCUGUGUUUUGACCUCUCUUUCUUCACCCUUUCAAUCCAACAACACGAGCACGGUGAUUCAAUCCCUUAAAACUUCUAGUUUGUCCUACAGGACAUGAAUACCAGAAUUAUGGGUUAGAUACUUGUAAAUUCUAUUUGGAGUCAUUUAUAUCUUUGAACUACCCAACGACUCUUCAUUGUCCUUUCUGCGCCAAGCUUUAAAAGAUGAGGCCUAAGCAUAACAUCAGGUUUCUUAGAGCAAAAAAGAAUUAUUAAAGAAAUGAUUGUGCUGAGAUAUUGCAAUAUGCUAUACAAUUAGAUUGGUGAAAAGAUUGAGGAAGAGUCAAUGGGUUUGGGUAAUAUGAAAGAAUGAACAAGCAAAGGAAGAUGACCUUACACUAGCAGUCUGAGAGCGGGUGAGGUCUAUGGAAGUGAUGAAGACUCAGUAAAUGCUGGUGACAUCAUUGCACAUUGGUUUAAUGGAGAACUCGAGCAUGCAAGUGUUGUGGAUAUACUUAUGCUUCCCUGAUAUGAAAGUAAUGAAUUAAGCUACCAAGAGAGGAUGAAUCAAGAGGAGGUGUCAAGGUGGGUACAACAACAACAUACACAGUGAAAUCCCAUAAAGUGGGGUCUGGGGAGGGUAGAGUGUACGCAAACCUUACCCCUACCUUGGGAGGUAGAGAGGUUGUUUCCGGUAGACCCUCAGCACAAAGGACAAGCAAUUCAAGGUGGUGGUAAAAAGAAAUAUAUUUAGUUUUCUCUUACGAAUUGAAAGGAACAGAUUUGAAAGAAUUACGCAGGUAACAAAAUGCCCAUCUCCGAGGAAGAAGAGUAAUAGAGAGGUGAAGCUGGUGUAGAUCAAUAUGAAUUUUGGGGUUGACACUAAGAGUAAAGGAAGAGGUUGCUAUGAAUUACAGAAGAUGAAGAUGAAAAUAUUUUGUUGGAAUAUUUUUUAUUAGAAAAGAAAGAUGGUUAGGAUGGUGUUGCGGAAGUGAAAAAUCGUCUUGUUUGCUUUAUUGAAACAAAGAUGAAAAUAUAUAAUUCAUCAAUCAUAAAACAAAUCUGGUGGAGUCACAGGGCAACAGUGGGAUCACUGUUAUUUUAUGGGAUAAAAGAAGAUGGAACUGUUUCAACAAGUUGAUGGUUGUUCUUACAAUUUCUGGCUGGAAGAAAUUAACACAGGGCUUUAAAUGCAUUUUCACCGACUUUAAUGUCACAAGGUUCAAUGAUGAAAACUAGGAAGAUAAACAAAAAAAAAUUCCAGGUCUAUGAGAAUUUUCAAAAUGCAUCGAAUACUUGGCUCUCAUAGACCUUCCAUUACAUGGGGGUCGUUUUACUUGGUUUAAAGGUAGCAAUGAAGGUGUCACAUCUAGAAUAUAUGUAGAUUUCUGAUGUUUUAAGAUUGGGAUGAAUCAUUUAAGGACAUUAAACAGAAGGUAAUACCAAGAAUUUUAUCAGAUCAUUUCCCUAUUAUACUUGUUUGUGGAAACUUGAAAAAGAGAAAGGAUAUUUUAAAUUUGAAAAUAUGUGGUUAGAGCAUGAUUAUUUCCUGAAGUUAGUGGAACAAUGGUGGGAGCAAUAUGAAUUUCAUGGGAGACCAGAUCUGGUGCUAGCAAAAAAGCUGCAAAGACUGAAGGAAGACAUAAAAAUGGGACAAGAGGUAUUUGGCAACCUUGGGAAAAGAAAGACGCAGUCUUAACUAGAUUGGAAGAGAUUGAUCACAGAUCUCGUCAAAUACAGAUUUGAACGUAGAAAAAAACCACUCUCAUGAAAGAAUUUGAAGAGAUUGUCAAUGCAGAGAGGUGUCUUAGAGGAAAAAGUCAAGGAGAUUGUGGCUUAAGCAAGGAGAUAGGAAUACAAAAUAUUUUCAUAAGCUGACCAACUCCCACAAAAGAUUUAACAAUAUUGAUCUUAUGGAGAUUGACAGCAGAAUUACAGAAAAUAAUAAGGAAAUCAGGGAUCAUAUUGUGACUUCUACCAGAAUUUAUUCCCUGAUACUGAAAUGUACAGAUCACAAUGAAUAGGUGAUAAGUUGGCGAAAUGAACGGAUGAAAAGAACAUUUGGCUACCGAGGCAGUUUACUGUGGCGGAAAUUAGUGAAGUUAUUAACAAGUUUGAAGGUGAUAAAGCACUGGGGCUGGAUGGAUUUGAUACGACAUUCUUCCAUAAAUGUUGAAAGAUUGUAAAGACGACAUCUUGAAGACGGGAGUUCUUUUAUCAGAAAGGAACUUAUGAGAAGAGCUUCAGUGGAACACUCUAGAUCUCCAAAAAAAAAAAAAAAAAGGAGCAAUGAAUAUAAAAGACUACUGGUCUACCAGUCUUUUGGGGAGUAUAUAUAAAAUUAUUGUCAAAGCUUUGACUGAAAGGUUAAAAAGGUUUAUGGAUAAAUUGGUAUCUGUCACUCAGAAUGCUUCAUUUAAGGAAGGCAAAUUGCAGAUGCAUCAUUGGAGGCCAAUGAGGUUUCUGAUUACUAUUUGAAGAUGGCGAAAGAAGCAAGCUGGAUUCGGUGAAGGCAUAUGACCAUAUUAGUUGGCAAUUCCUUUCACAAUACCAAAUGGCGGAGACAAAUAGAUUAAAACUUGCAUUUCCAUAGUCAAAUUUUCAGUCUUGAUCAAUGGGAGUCCGAAAGAAUUUUUUAAAAUCUCAAAGGGACCUUAGGCGGCAAGAAGAUCCGCUGCCUCCUUACUUGCUUGUUCUAGCCAUGGAAGUGUUUAGUAAGAUGUUGCAUAGCCCUUCUUGCAAAGGUUUUGAGAUUGAAGGUGCUCAUGGAAAUAUUUUGGAAAUUAAUCAUAUUCUAUAUGCUUAUGACACUGGUGUAAUGUAAAGCUGAUAGAAUGCAACUUUUGCAUUCGAAAAUUUUACUUUUAGCAUUUGAAGCAGUUUCUCGGGUUUAAGAUGAACCUUAUCAAAAGUAGUCUUUUCUCUGUAAAUGUGGACAAUCUUAUCGAUGACUUUGCUGAAAUUUUGGGUUGUAACACCAAGAAGUUCCCCACUACAUACCUUGGAUUUGCCAAGGUGUUAUGGACAAGUGUGAGAAAAAAUUGGUUUUAUGGAAAAGCAGUAUAUCUCUUCUCGUGGAAGAUUGAACCAGUGAAUUGUGUUUUGGAUGGAAUCCCCAAUUAUUUAAUGUCUCUAGUACCAAUCCUAACAAAAGUGGAGAAUGCAUCAGUAAGCUGAGAAGGAACUUUAUUUGGGAAGCUAAUGCAGAUAGUAGAAAUAUCCAUAUGAUAAGAUGUCAAAGAUCAUAAGGAACAAAAAGAAGGGAGGCUUUGUGUGAGGGACUUAAAUCUGCCUCCUCUAUAAGUGGUUAUGGAGAUGAAUGGUAACAAUGAUGCUAUAUGGAAGAUAGUGAUUAAUCGCAAGUAUGAAAGGGAGGGAUUCUGGUAGCCUGAGCAUGUGAACAACUCUUUUGGAGCGGCGAUGUGAAAAUAGAUAGCUGGUUUUGGGGAGAGUUUAAAAAUAACAUUAAAUUAAAGGUUGGGAAAUAGAAGGAAAAUUAAACUGUGGACUGAUAGAUGGUAUGAAGAAGGAUUGUUAAAUGAUCAAUUUCCUUUCAUUUAUAGCCUGGUGAAGAAUCAAGAUUGUUAGAUGGUUGACUGCCUUAUGGAAAACGAGUGGGAUUUUCAGGUUAGGAGAAACUUUAGUGACUGAGAACAGGAUGAAGUUAGUGUGAUUUUUUUUUUUUUUUUGAAGAAAAUUCAGACAACAAUUAUUGAUGAAAACAAGGAAGACACUCAGGUUUGGCUUGCGAACAAUAUGGGAAGAUAAUAUGGUGAAUUUUUUUUUUGAACGGUUACAAGAUCAUUAUCUUGAUUCAGAGACAUUCUGGCCCUGGAAUCUUUUUGGAAAAUUAAGGCCGCAACCAAAGUUGCAUGUUUUGGGCAGGUUGCUGCUUAUGAAGCUUGCUCGACCUAAUAUAGUUUACAGAAAAGGGAUUCAGUUUGUGUAAUAGAUACUUUAGUAUGAUCGCUCUGCAGAAAGAGGCAAGAAUGAUAUAAUAAGGGUUUUAAUUCAGGUGCAGGCUUGCAACACCUAAACUCAUACAUUAUUUUCCAAGAUUGGUUUGACUAAUAGCAUGUUGUACUCUGGAAGAGUUUCUUUUUUCUAUUUUUUUAAUGACGCUGGUGCAGGUCAGCUUGCACGCACCUCUAUUAUUCGACCAGAUUUUGCUAGCUCUCACCAGCACAUGUCUCAGGUGAGUGCAAGAUCAAGAGUGUUCUGCAUGCAGAGCUUUGUGGCAGAACGUCUAAAAAAUGAUAAAGUUGUUAGGUCACGUCAUUUCAAGCUUGAAAAGCUAAAGGUGCUGAGAAGUUCGAGUAGGAGACAAUUCAGUUUCUUUGCCACUGCGGAGGACCAGUUUCCUGACAGUGAGCUUGAGGAAGAUGGUUCUGAGCAAGAAAGUGUUGAAUACAUUGCAUCUGCCAGUGGUUCAAAUGUCCAAAUUGAAGGUGGUCGUGGUAAGCCGGGGGUACUAUCAUUCUACAGUCGUCCUUACAGAAGGGAGGAGGAAAUUCCUGUGUCCGCUGCUGCAAAGAACCAGAACAUUCUACUGUGGUUUGUUGGUCCAGCUGUCCUUGUAGCCUCUUUCAUCUUUCCCUCGCUUUACUUGCGCAGGAUAUUAUCAACUAUAUUUGAGGACUCUUUGUUAACUGAUUUCCUCAUCUUGUUCUUCACAGAGGCUUUCUUUUACUGUGGAGUAGCAGUGUUUCUUCUCCUAAUAGAUCGUUUAAGGAGACCGCUUGAGCUAGUAUCUUGUGACAGGAAAAUUACCCCACCACUCGGAUAUAGAAUAUGUUCAAUUUCUAUACUAGCACUUAGUCUAAUAAUUCCAAUGGUGACCAUGGGGUUUGUCUGGCCAUGGACCGGUCCUGCAGCUUCUGCUACUCUUGCCCCCUACCUUGUUGGUAUUGUAGUGCAAUUUGCUUUUGAGCAGUAUGCAAGAUAUAUUGACUCCCCUUCAUGGUCUGUUAUCCCUAUUGUUUUUCAGGUUUACAGGCUGCAUCAGCUGAAUAGGGCAGCACAAUUGGUAACAGCCCUUUCUUUGACAGUAAGAGGAGCAGAGAUGACUGCCCAGAACUUGGCAAUAAAUGGCUCAUUGAGCACACUUCUAAAUGUCCUUCAAUUUCUGGGGGUGAUUUGUAUUUGGUCCCUUUCUAGCUUCAUCAUGAGAUUUUUCCCUUCUGCUACUAUGGCUCAGGGCUAAGACAUGCUAUGUUCUGGUUGCUUGUUUGCUUUGCGAGUGCCACAGGUCUUAUUUCUUCAGAUGGUUCCUCCUGUUGGCUUGAUCUUUGUUGAAUCUGAAAGAACAUGCAUAAGCAUGGAAGUCUCUCCAACCAUUGCACAAAAUUCUUGGCAAAUGAAGGAAUGCAAGGUAUGGCGCUGCGAUUAUCUUGUCACCUCUUCUGUAUUAGGCUCUGAAUUUGGACCUCACUAGGAGGGAAUACUCGACUCACUAAGAUGGGAUAUUUCAUGUACAGUUUAACUUUUGUAAUAGAUAUCUUCUGCAAUUUUAACUAGAUUGGUAAAACUACCUUAGUAAUCA